AUGGAGAUUUCUUCUCACCAGUUUCACCUCUUGCAGCAACUCAAUGAGCAGCGCAGGCAAGACUUAUUCUGUGACUGCAAUAUCCUGGUGGAGGGAAAGGUCUUUAAAGCGCAUCGCAAUGUGCUGUUUGCCAGCAGCGGCUAUUUCAAAAUGCUCCUUUCACAGAGCUCGAAGGAGACGACUCAGCCGACGACAGCCACUUUCCAGGCGUUUUCUCCUGACACGUUUACCGUUAUUCUAGAUUUUGUGUAUUCAGGGAAACUGUCUCUCACUGGCCAGAAUGUCAUUGAAGUCAUGUCGGCUGCCAGCUAUCUGCAGAUGACCGACGUUAUCAGCGUGUGUAAAACCUUCAUUAAGUCAUCGCUGGACAUCAGCGAGAAGGAGAAGGAUCGCUACUUCAGUCUGUCGGACAAAGACGUAAACUCCAACGGCGUGGACCGAUCCUGCUUGUACAGCGCGGGCUGGAGGGCGGAAAGCAGCCCCCCGCAUUCGCACUUAAGCCCGGAUCAAGGGACAUGUAUGAUGGGUGGAAACACUUGGAGCAAUUUCAGCUACUACCCGCCUUCUCAAAGAAACGCCCAGCAGCAGCUGUCCAAACACGAGCAGCGGCAGGACUCCGUCAAGAAAUCCCGGCACCUGGGACUGCAGCAGCCCUCAGACAUUCCUCACUAUAAAUCAAGCAAGCUGGAGGACAGGGCUGCCGAGCCCGCUGGCCACAGCGCGCAGGCUGAGGAGCAAGUCCAGAUCGAAGCCGAAGUGGAAUCUCCUCACGUUGGGUACCAGUACGGCCAGGGGGCCGAGGUGAUCCCGCGCAGCUUGGCUGUGUCGCAGCAGGAGCAUGAAUCGCCUCGUUCUUCCAGCAAAUCCAAGUCUUCAAAGGCAGAGGAGCAGUACGGGAGCAUGCCCUCCAUCCUGGGCGUCAUGGGCAGCUGGGCUGACGAUGACCUGCCCAGGAUGAGGUUCAAGUGUCCAUUCUGCACUCACGUGGUGAAAAGAAAAGCAGACCUAAAGCGUCACCUCCGCUGCCACACAGGAGAGCGCCCGUACCCGUGUGAGGCUUGUGGGAAAAGAUUUAGCAGGCUAGAUCACCUAAGUAGCCAUUUUCGAACAAUCCAUCAGGCUUGCAAGCCCAUCUGCAGAAAGUGCAAACGCCACGUGACGGAGCUCACGGGACAAGUGGUCCAGGAGGGGACGAGGCGUUACAGACUCUGUAACGAGUGCUUGGCCGAGGCUGGCAUUGACAGUAUCCGCAUUGACCUGGAGGCUGAAGCACCCCUCGAGUUUCCGCAGGACGGGGAGAAGGAUUCCAGGUGGCACUACGGGGACGACAACAGAUCUGAUGUGGAGAUCGUGGAGGACGGCUCAACCGACUUGGUCAUUCAGCAGGUGGAUGACAGCGAGGAUGAAGCAGACGAGAAGGAAGUCAAGCCAAAUAUUAGGUAGUUGCAAGACAAGAAUUA